UCUGACAGAUAGCUGUGACGAAAAAAUUGGUUGAAAAUAAGGAAAUUUCCUAUAAAAUAAGUAAGGAUAAUUAAUAAACGAUAGGAAUAUGGCACGUAAAGGACAAGUAUCCAUACAAGAAAAUAUAGAAACGAAUGAGGAAUUCCAAGAAUAUUUGAUACAUCACAUGGAUCAGCUUAUAUGUAUGGAAGUGUACUCAGAAUUUUGUGGCCCGUGCCUGGCCGCGACUAACGCUAUCAGAAAGGGCAAACUAGAAAUAGGCCAAGAUAAAAUAGCUAUGGGAAAGGCAAUGUCUGACAACAUCGAAGUCCUCGCCAGGUUUAGAGGCAAGAGCGAACCAGUCUUUCUCUUCAUCGUCAAAGGUAAAUUGACGCGAGCGAUGUUCGGCGCGAAUGGCAUCGAACUAUGCCGCAUCAUCGAGGAGGAGCUGGCCUUCAUGGAGCAGGAAUUGGUGACCGGCAUAGAACGCCCUAAGCAGCCCAUUGAAGAACUUCUACCUGUGGAAUCUGAAAAGAUAGAAAUGGAAUUAAAACAAGAAGAAGAAGCACAUCAAGCGAGAGAACGCAUACGCAUCCUAACGCUUGCCGCGCGCAAGAAGAGAGUGGCAGAGAGGAUGGCAAAAAACCUGACGCAGCUUAACUACAUCAUCUACUGGCCUCACUGUCAUCAGGCGCACGUCGAUCUCUACGAAAAGUGGGAUCUUAUUAAUAUUCAGGUGGGCGCUAAGGAAACGAUACAGAUGACGGAGGAGAUGGUGCCCGAGGCGCUUUACAUGAGUGACGUGGAGCCAAAUGAUGCCUGCGUACAUGCACUGCUCUCCGGCGAAGUUCUCGUUGUGCUUUUUAAGAUGUUCGACUCGGAUACGAGGAACUUUGUCAAGCUACUCCGGUACACUUUGUACGAGGAGAUCCCUGUGCCAAAGGAGGACGUGCCACCGGAGAAGCAGGUGCCGUUAGUGCCGGCUUACGAACGCUACGCCGCCGUGAGCAAGACGGCGCGCGAGGUUCGCCGCGACCGCUAUAACGCCAAACUAGAGAAACUGCGAUUAGAAAAAGAAGAACAAGAGAGACUGGCAGCAGAACAGGCACGGCUAGCACGGGAGGCAGAAGAGGAGAGAUUGUUCGAAGAGAAAAAACGGAAGGAAGAAGAGAGGAUGGCGAGAAUACAAGCAGGGUUGCCAGCUGAGCCGGAGCCGGAACCUGGUGAGGAAGGAGUAGAAGGAGAAGGUGUAGAAGACGAAGCUACUGAGGAACAAGUUCCGGAAGUUUUGGAGGAAGAGCACGAAGAUCAAGAGAAGGUGGUUGAAGAAGAGGAGGUAUUCCACUCCGACGUAUCUGUGGAGGGGGAGGACUAUAUUCCUCCGGGAGGGCUAUUCGUGCCGGGACUGUACGCGCCGCCAAACGAAUUGGCAAAGGCUAAUGGUCUUGCAUUCUUCUUUCCUAAAGUGGUGCAGCAGAUCACGACGCUGGAAUCUGAGCAUCUUCCGCCACAUGUGCUGGUAAUGUUCUCCGUGGAUAAGCGGCACGAGGUCCGCGAUGCUAUGAAGCAGUUCCCAGGAGACAUCAUACAGUCUGGUAUCUUUAUGGGCGAGGAUCCUUACGCUAUGGAGCAUGUUGCUUUCACCGUAAAGCAGUACGAUCAGAUGACGAGGCUGCGGAAACACCGUGACCGUUUAGCGCUAAUGGUGUCUCGCAAGCGUAGUCUUGCCCUGCUGACCUUGGCGGGGCUGAACCCAUGUUAUAUCAGUAGUGAUGUAACGUCAGGAGAAAGAGACUGCCUCACCAUGUUCCCCGUUGGAUAUGGUGAUGAAUAUGUUGAGGAGGAGAGUGUCGUUGAAGAAGAACAAGUUGUGGAAGUUAUACCACCAUCGGAACCGGAACGAGAACCAGAGCCAGCUGCGGCACCUAAACCUGAGAAUGAAGAUGAAGACGAAGAGGGACAAGGUGACGAAUAGACAUUUGUUUUUUAUUUCGGCGCGGACGAGAUUCCGGGCGACAGUAUGUAGUAACUUACGCCAAAGACCUGAAUUUGUGCAAUUUCUGUCAAUUUUACAAACGUA